CGUCUAUCUAACCUUAACGCUACGGUAUGUGAGACCUACACGAGAAGGGGAGAAGAGACUACACGCUUGUGAUUACCAACAGGGUUGGUAUCUUACGGUUACCAGUGUGCCACAUGGUUCGCAUCGCGGGUUCAGUCGUGUAACCGAUCCCUUGGAUAUCGACACCGACCACAAAGCCCGGGCUACUCCUUAGGAUUGGCAAGAGUUUGUGUCGUGGUGACCGUGCCUUUGAUCCGAUACAGGAUGUCUGGUCAGAGCAUUACAGAUCGAAUGACCGCCGCUCAGCACAGUGUCACUGGGUCGGCGAUAUCAAAAACCGUGUGCAAGGCGACUACACAUGAAGUAAUGGGGCCAAAGAAGAAACAUUUGGACUAUUUGAUUCAGUGCACAAAUGAGAUGAACGUGAACAUCCCUCAGCUGGCCGACACUCUGUUUGAGAGGACCGCCAACACCAGCUGGGUGGUAGUGUUCAAGUCCCUCACUGCCACACACCAUCUGAUGGUCUACGGCAAUGAGAGAUUCAUACAGUAUCUGGCCUCUAGAAACACACUUUUCAACCUCAGCAAUUUCCUGGACAAAAGUGGCUUACAAGGCUAUGAUAUGUCGACGUUCAUAAGGAGGUAUAGCCGCUACCUGAAUGAGAAGGCUGUGUCUUACAGACAGGUCGCUUUUGACUUCACUAAAGUAAAAAGAGGGUCUGAUGGAGUGAUGAGAACCGUGAACACAGAAAAACUUCUCAAAACUAUUCCCAUCAUUCAAAAUCAGAUUGAUGUGUUACUCGAUUUUAAUGUCAAUGCCAAUGACCUGACUAACGGCGUGAUCAACGCAGCCUUCAUGCUUUUGUUCAAAGAUGCCAUCCGUCUGUUUGCAGCGUACAAUGAGGGCGUAAUCAACCUACUAGAGAAAUACUUUGACAUGAAAAAAGUCCAGUGCAAAGAAGGGCUCGACAUCUACAAGAAAUUCCUGACACGAAUGACUAGAAUCUCAGAGUUCCUCAAAGUGGCAGAACAAGUCGGGAUUGAUCGAGGGGACAUCCCAGACCUGUCACAGGCCCCAAGUAGCCUGCUUGAUGCCCUGGAGCAGCACAUGGCCUCUUUAGAAGGAAAGAAAGUGAAGGACUCAACACCGGCCAGCAGGGCCAGCACCCUCUCCAAUGCCGUGUCCUCCCUGGCCAACACUGGCAGAUCUUUCACCAAAGUGGAUGAGAGAGAAAAGCAGGCAGCCUUGGAUGAAGAACAGAGUCGGCUGAGAACACUAAAGGAGCAGCGUCUCUUAGAGCUUCAGAAGAAUCCUUCUGCAGCAACCACAGACUCUUCCCCUAACUCCACGGUGGGUGGGACCAUCAACUUUGUCCCAGCUAUUGACCUCUUCUCCACCCCCAGCUCCAUCAAUAGCACCUCCGUGAUAGCCAAAGAACUACUGGUCCUGCAGCCAGCCUUCCAGCAGCCGCUGCCUCUGUCCUCCACAUGGGGAGGGUUUACGGCUUCCCCAGCACCCCAGCCGCCACAAAACUCUCAAGGCCUUAACGUGGACUUUGACUCAGUAUUUGGCAACAACCUGGAUGGUACAGAUGUUUUAGGUGUCCUCCUCAAACCCACAGCGAUAUCUUCACCCAGUCAGGGUAUGAGCAUGACCCCAAACGGCCAACUUUCCCACAAACUGGUGUCCAACGACCUGGACUCAUCACUUGCCAAUCUGGUCGGCAAUCUGGGAUUUGGCAACGGCACAGCAAAGAAUGACCUGUACUGGAGUCAGCCUGGUGAGAAGAAGCUUACAGGUGGCAACAACUGGCAACCCAAGACAGCUCCUUCUACCACCUGGAACCCUGCUGCCAUGGCACCAUCUGUUAUGGCUUUCCCUGCAACCACACCGACAGGCAUGAUGGCAUAUGCAAUGCCUCCCCAUGUCGGCUCCAUGAUUACACAACCCACAAUUAUGUACACCCAACCAGGGAUGAGACCAGGCAAUCCCUUUGGAUCCAGUCCAAGUGCACAGAUGCACUUUAUCUAACCAGAAGUGGGGAGGAGGUCUUCCCCCUCCUAAAGAUUAUUCACAACGAAGAUGACUCAAGCAAACCUGCUUUUUCCUUCAACUGAAUUUGCCUCUUUCCCGGGAAUAAAAGACCCCGAUUAGACUCAUUGGAAGAAAAAAAAACGGCAAAGAAGCGGCUCGGACCAUCUCCAACAGGCAUCAAAGGGAACAUUGUGGUCAUGGUGAAGUCCUCGGAGAAGAAGAGUGGGCUGCCAUUCAGACACUUCUUCACAGAUCCACCCUAGACUAAGACACCACACUCACAGGGGAGGUUUUUUUUUUUUUUCUCCAGGUAAAAAAACUGAUGUCAAAGUUGGUUUGCGGUCACACAUACAUUGUUUGAAUUGUCUUUUGAUCAUCAUAAUUGCAUGCCCAAAUUACAAAAGCAAUUACAAACUUGUCUUUAUAUUUCAUCUUUUUAUGUAUUGUUUGCAGUAGACAUUCCUUGUGUAUUUUUAUUUAUUUAUCUAUAGAUAACAUUACAGAACAUAGUAAUUGUCAAAAGUCACUGAUCUCCAUGGGGACGGUAUUUAGGUUUAUACAUGGGUAUGAUUGAUAUUUAAAUUGGAUUUUGAGUGAUUGAGAUUUUUUUUCUUUAAAAAAAUAAGUUGAUAUAAAGAAAAAGUGAAUUAAAUGUUUUGCUGUUUUGGCACAAAAUAUUUUCUGUAUUCGCAUGAUGCCUUUUACGGUUAUCUGUGGCUCCAAGGGUCACUGAGAAUCUGAAUUCAGUAACAUCAAAUUGGUGAGGAUGAGGUCUACAAGUUUGGCAAAGGAACAUUUUUUACAUUAGGACUAAACUUUGUGAUGGAGAUUGCAUUAAAAGCGAUCUACUUUUGGCAUGCCAUUUUUUCUCCCAUUUAACAGAGUUCCUGGCUGCCCUGGUCCAACCAGAAUGUGCAUGACUCCUUUCAUGGUUAGAUCACGUUCACACACUGCGGCAUUCAAGACAUUGGGGGGGCAUGGUGAGUCACUGGGUGUAGGCUCGGUUUAAGACUGGUAACAAGGGGGAGGGGUUCAACUUGUUAAGAGUACUGUUGAUCAGUGCUUUGUGUAUAUCAUUUUUUUCCUGCAAAUCACAGGAACAGGCGAGUGCAGGUAUGAUAAAUGGUCUGAACAUUAAAGUGGCCCUGAAUCCAUUCACUGAGCAGAGUCUGCUGCAUUGUGCCUACAGAUUAUAUUUUUGUUUGUUGGAUUAUCUUUCCAAUAAAGUGCAAGCUUCCUUA